AUGGAGAUUAUGAAGGCUAGGGGAUUUACAAAAGACUCCAGCAACAUCAUCCAAAGAUGGCUUGAAGGAAAUGCUAACACUGUCUUAAUUAAUGGUAAAACCCAUGGUUUUUUCAAGGCUAAUAGGGGUUUGAGACAAGGGGAUCUCUCAUCUCCAACCAUCUUUAUACUGGCACUGGAUUAUCUGUCAAAAAUUAUAGAUAAACCCGGGAACAGAAAAGAUUACAACAUAUAUCUCAACAGAUCCGAACAAGACAUUAGCCACCUUAUUUAUGCUGAUGACAUCCUGAUUUUCUCUAGGACUAACAAAAAUGCUAUAAAAAACCAGUAUGCUGAUAUGCAAAAAUUCCAGCAAGCUUCUGGCCUUGAAGUGAACAAAGAAAAAAACCACAUCCUCUUCAAUAAGAAAUACUCUACUACCUGCAAACAGUGGACAUUAGAGCUCACUGGUUUCAAAGCUAUGGAUACCCCUUUCAAAUAUUUGGGGGUAUAUCUUACUAAGGGAAGGAAUACUAAGGGAAGGAACAAACAAAUUGUGGAUAAAACCAUUGCUACCCUCCAAGGGUGGACAAAUUCCUUCCUGUCUAAUGGAGGCACAAAUUCCUUCAUUCCUUCCUGUCUAAUGGAGGCAGAAUAA